UAGGCCGUGGUCGCGCCGUCCUCGUGCCGCCGGUAUGACCGCGUAAGUGCGAUCGGCAGCUGACGGCGCAAAUCGGACACGUCGUCGAUGAUUACGGUUCGGUCGAUCGGUCUUUCGGUGUAGCGGUUGCUGGACCCGGUUAACGACGUUGUUCGACACGCCGGGUAACCGCGCCACGCCCCCCUGAGCAAGCGCGCACAGACACCACCCGCCGCGCCGACCGUUCGCGGUUGCCGUUCGGACCGUUCGUCGUCGCGUCGCGCGCGAAAGCCGUCACCCCCGCAACACUGCUGACAAUACGAUAAUGUCUGUCGAUCCCGUCGCCACUCGCCACUGGACACACUGACCACUGCCACUGCCCACACUGACCACUGCCACUGCCACAGACGUUGUAAAAUAUACCUAACCUAAUAAACGCCCCGAGAACGGCGGACUUCGUCAAUCGGCCAUUCUGCAUUCGUCAUCGUACGACAGUCAUAAAUACCUCUUUGUGUAUGCGCACGCGAUAAUAGUAGUCGAUAGAGUUUUUUCGUGAUAUAGUUUUGUUAUGUCAUCCGUUUCUCUCUUGUUCUGCGAGCUGUGAGUGUUGUGACCAAUGUUAAAUUUUCCGAUUAAAACUUAAAACUUAUUUUUUCGGUUGAUAAUUUAUAAAACAAUAUACUAACAGAAUUAAUUUACUACUAAUUAAGUAGUUAAUUAAUUAUCUAUUCUAUCUGUUCAGAUAUCCUAAAAGAAAUUAAAAACGUGAUUCUUUAGUAUGGCGUCUACGUCGAGGGAUUCUCAAGCAAUCAUUGCUAAAAAGACAUGGGAAUUGGAAAACAAUAUACGAAUUGUUAAUACAGUCGAUGCCAUAUUCAAAUAUGACCAACAACAACAACAAGAUAUUUUGACUGCCAAGCCUUGGGAGAAAGAUCCACAUUAUUUUAAAGAUAUUAAAAUAUCUGCAUUAGCACUAUUAAAAAUGGUCAUGCAUGCUCGAUCUGGCGGUGCUUUGGAAAUAAUGGGUCUAUUACUUGGCAAAGUAGAAGGUAAUACAAUGAUCGUCAUGGAUUCUUUUGCUUUACCUGUUGAAGGAACAGAAACCAGAGUCAAUGCUCAAGAUCAAGCCUAUGAAUACAUGGCAGCAUAUAUUGAAUCUGCUAAAGUAGUUGGACGUCAAGAAAAUGCAAUUGGAUGGUAUCAUAGCCACCCUGGCUAUGGCUGCUGGUUAUCUGGUAUUGAUGUUUCAACUCAAAUGUUAAAUCAAAAUUUCCAAGAACCUUUUGUAGCAAUUGUAAUUGAUCCAGUUAGAACAAUUUCUGCUGGUAAAGUUUGUUUGGGAGCAUUCCGUACCUAUCCUAAGGGUUAUAUGCCAGCAAAUGAAGAACCAUCUGAGUAUCAAUCUAUUCCAUUAGAUAAAAUUGAAGACUUUGGAGUACACUAUAAACAAUACUAUUCAUUAGAAGUAAAUUAUUUCAAAUCUUCUCUGGAUCGACGUUUAUUGGAUUCAUUGUGGAAUAAAUAUUGGGUGAACACUUUAAGUUCUUCCAAUUUAAUAACCAAUGCUGAUUACUUAACUAGUCAAAUAAAUGAUCUUUCCAAUAAGCUAGAACAAGCUGACACUUCUCUGAGUCGUACAUAUCCCGAGCCUGUUGACCCUACUAAAAUAGAAGAUAAAUUGGUAAAAGCUACUAAAGAUAGUAAUAAAGCAACAAUCGAAAUAUUAAGUGGAUUAAUGUCUCAAACAAUUAAAGAAGCUCUGUUUAUUAGUUGUACACCAAAGAAUAAUCGGCAAUAAAUAACAAAUUUGUAUUAUAAUUUCUAAGUAAAUAAUUAAGAUUAUCGACAUAACUAAUUAUAAUACGUACAUUUUUUAAAUAAACUAUAUUUAUAAAAUAAUAAA